AUGUCUGUCUGCUUGCAGUUGUUGCUGCGCUCUGUCCCUGGCCUGCUGGGGCCGCACUACAAGCGUUUCUUCUGUGGCUAUGCUGAGCCUGCCUACAUCAAAGAAAGGAAGAUGCAGGUGCUGGUAGAGCUGGUGAAUGACGAGAACGUAGCAAUGAUACUGGAUGAGCUGAAAGGAUACUGCACUGAUGUCAACACUGACACUGCCCAGGCUGCAAUCUCAGCAAUAGGUCGUAUUGGACGCAGCUACAGCGACAGAUGUCUACAAAUCCUCACUGGGCUGCUUGGACUCAAACAGGAUCAUAUCACUUCUGCGGUGGUGCAGACAAUGCGUGACCUGGUCUGGGUGUGUCCCCAGUGUAGCGACACUGUGUGCCUUGCACUGGAUGGCUGCGAGGAAACACUGCAGGAUAUCCAGGGCAGGCAGGCUUUGCUCUGGUUGCUGGGUGUGUAUGGGGAGCGAAUUUCCACUGCCCCCUACACUUUGGAAGUGUUCAUCGAUAGAGUGAGAAGCGAGGCUUCUCUGGGAAUCAAGAUGGAGCUGCUGACAGCCACCAUGAGACUUUUCCUGUGUCGGCCUGCUGAGACACAAGACAUGCUGGGAAGACUGCUGCACUACUGCAUAGAGGAGGAGACAGACAUGUGCGUGCGUGAUCAGGCUCUUCUCUACUAUCGCCUGCUUCAUUGUGGGAUAGAAAAGACACGCGAGGUCCUUCAAGGUCGGAGGUCAGAUCCCUCUCUGGGUGUUCUGAUUGGGCGUCCCGCCAAGCCUGUCAGCCAGUGGGCACGCUGCUUUAACACGUUGGAGCCUCUGAGCCAGGGUGCUGUAGAGGCCGAGUCAGACAGCAGGGGAAGCCCCGAACACGUGACCUAUAACCCCAAGCCAAAUGCCGACCUAUCAGACACACUGAGCUGUAGUCACAUUGAGGAGGUUGAUUCAGGAUCAGACAGUGCCAUGCGGUGUUCAGACUCCUCCACUAAUGUCCUGGCUUCCAGCAUCGCAGCCCCUCUCAGUUUGUCCCUCUCCCCAGCUGUCAGCCCAGAGGACUUUGAGCACCUGUGGCUGCAGCGACAGGCUUUGCAUACUGAACGCGGUGCUGAGAAAAUAGAGGAGGUUGACUGUGCGUGGAUAGAAGAAUGUGUCCGGUGUCCAGCAGUACUUCACUGUUCUCCCCAAAGCCUCCAAGCUGCCAUGCAGCUGGUCAAUAUCCAGACGCUGGCGUUCACGCCACAGCAUAUGCUGCCCUGGAGGGUCUACCUGUACACACACACCCAGCGCUCCCACUCCAUGGACGCACCCAACACUACGCUCAUACUGGGGGAGCUGCUAUGUACUGGAGAAGCCAAUCAGAAAUCAGGAGUAAAAAAAUGCACAGCUGACAGUGAAGCUGGAGCAGAGGGGAAAGAAGACCAACUGGUGAGAAAGGAAAUGGAUGCAACAGCUGACAGGCUGAGGGUGAGCGAAGAUGGACAGGAAGAGGAGGAGGGAAUAAAAGUGAUUCUCAAUCAGCAACCAAAAGAUGAUGACGCUCUGAGACAGUUUCUCACAAUCCUUAUCACUGUACUGAACACACUGUCCUCAGAGAAAGAUUAAAAAUAGACUUUUCCCCUUU